CCGGCCCUCCCGGUCCCGACAUGCUCUGCGCCUCCUGCCGCCUCCUAGCGGCCCGGGCCGCGACCACGCUGCCCUUCCCGCCCCGAGCCCGGGGCCCCGCACUCCGCUGCCGUGGAAGGGAGUUGCAUUUCCCGGGGUACCCCGAGCUGCCUUCCUGUGACUCCCUGGCGGGGCGGCUGGUCAGAGUGUGCCUCUGGGCCAGUGGGCGACCCGGAGGAGGGGGAAGAUGCCGCCGGCCACGGGCGGAGGCCUGGCAGAGUCCGAACUGCGUCCCCGGAGGGGCCGCUGUGGGCCCCAGGCUGCUAGGGCCGCAGGCCGGGACGUGGCCGCCGAGGCUGCGGCGCGAAGCCCCAAACGGCCUGCCCGGGGCUCACGGCGCUUCGAGGCGGCCGGCCGGUGGGCCCUGCUGGCCUUGGUGACGCUGCUGUCCUUCGCCACCCGUUUCCACCGCCUGGCCGAGCCGCCGCACAUCUGUUGGGAUGAGACUCACUUUGGAAAAAUGGGAAGUUACUAUAUCAACCGUACGUUUUUCUUUGACGUGCACCCGCCUCUGGGAAAGAUGCUGAUAGGUCUUGCUGGCUACCUGAGUGGAUAUGAUGGUACCUUUUUGUUCCAGAAGCCUGGGGAUAAAUAUGAGCAUCACAGCUACAUGGGAAUGAGAGGAUUCUGUGCAUUCCUUGGCUCCUGGCUGGUCCCCUUUGCCUACCUCACUGUACUGGAUCUGUCUAAGUCCCUCUCGGCAGCAUUGCUCACCGCUGCCCUCCUCACCUUUGACACGGGAUGCCUCACUCUGUCCCAGUACAUCCUCCUUGACCCCAUCCUGAUGUUCUUCAUCAUGGCUGCCAUGCUGAGUAUGGUCAAGUACAACUCCUGCGCCAACAGGCCCUUCUCUGCCCCCUGGUGGUUCUGGCUCAGCCUGACUGGUGUUAGUCUUGCUGGUGCUUUAGGGGUCAAGUUUGUUGGCCUCUUUAUCAUCCUUCAAGUGGGGCUGAACACCAUUGCAGACCUUUGGUACCUGUUUGGAGACCUCAGUCUUUCAUUGGUGACUGUGGGAAAACACCUGACUGCUCGUGUCCUGUGCCUCAUAGUGCUGCCCCUGGCUCUCUACACAGCCACCUUUGCUGUUCACUUCAUGGUGCUGAGUAAAAGUGGCCCUGGUGACGGUUUCUUCAGUUCUGCCUUCCAGGCCCGGCUUUCAGGGAACAACCUGCACAAUGCUUCCAUCCCUGAACGUGAGUGUCUCUGGGCCUUUACAAAGGUAGAUGGCAGAGGGGCUUCCUGGGAGUUGAAUUGGAAAAGACGAAUGCCCUGGAAGGAUGUGUGGCUUUCAACAGAUAGAGGAGAGGGCAUCUCAGACAGGAGGGAUGACAUGAUCAAAGCCGAGGACAGAAGAAAAACCCCUCCAAGCACCAGGCAGGGCCGGCCCUGCCAGCACUGCUGGGCAGCCCUCACCCCUCUGCUGUCCUCCUCCUCCAACGUGGCCUACCCUGUGAUUACUGUGAAGACCCCGAAUGGCCCAUCGCCUUCUGCACUCCCACAGGCAACCUCCUACCCGAGGCAUUGGGCCCUGUCAGCGCAGUGCCUCCUCUUCCCUCCGCUCCCACCCCCUACCCAGGUCACCACCUAUUUGCACAAGGACUACAACAACCUGUGGAUUAUCAAGAAACAUAACACAAAUUCAGAUCCCCUAGACCCUUCCUUCCCAGUGGAGUUUGUAAGACAUGGAGACAUUAUUCGACUAGAACACAAAGAAACUUCCCGGAACUUGCACAGUCACUAUCAUGAGGCCCCCCUGACCCGGAAGCACUAUCAGGUCACCGGCUAUGGCAUAAAUGGAACAGGGGACUCAAAUGAUUUCUGGCGGAUUGAGGUUGUAAACAGAAAAUUUGGAAACCGGAUCAAAGUGCUGAGAAGUCGAAUUCGCCUCAUCCAUUUGGUCACAGGUUGUGUCCUGGGCUCCUCGGGAAAGGUUCUGCCCAAGUGGGGCUGGGAGCAGUUGGAAGUUACUUGCACCCCAUACCUGAAAGAAACCCUCAACUCCAUCUGGAAUGUGGAGGACCAUAUCAAUCCCAAGUUGCCAAACAUCAGCCUGAAUGUGCUGCAGCCCAGUUUUCCUGAGAUCUUGCUAGAAUCCCACAUGGUCAUGAUCCGGGGGAACAGUGGCCUCAAACCCAAGGACAAUGAGUUCACAUCCAAACCCUGGCACUGGCCUAUCAACUAUCAGGGCCUACGCUUCUCAGGGAUCAAUGACACAGACUUCCGAGUCUAUCUGCUUGGCAACCCGGUGGUUUGGUGGCUGAAUCUGUUGAGCAUCGCCCUCUACCUCCUCUCAGGGAGCAUCAUUGCUAUAGCCAUACAGAGAGGGGCACAGCUGCCAGCGGAGGUUGCAGGGUUGUCCCAGGUCCUGCUGCGAGGAGGCGGCCAGGUCCUGCUCGGCUGGACACUCCAUUACUUCCCGUUCUUCCUGAUGGGCCGGGUCCUCUACUUCCACCACUACUUCCCAGCCAUGCUCUUCUCAAGCAUGUUGACAGGCAUUCUGUGGGACACCCUCCUGCGGCUCUGUGCCUGGGGCUUGGCCUCUUGGCCCCUGGCAAGAGGCAUACACGUGGUGGGAAUCCUGAGCCUGCUCCUGGGAACCGCCUACAGCUUCUACCUCUUCCACCCUCUGGCUUACGGGAUGGUUGGUCCCCUGGCCCAGGACCCCCAAAGUCCGAUGGCAGGACUAAGGUGGCUAGACUCAUGGGACUUUUGAGGCCACUGCAAAGAUUCCAUCCUGGGGCCAGGACUUCCCAGGAGAGCCAGCUGGGGAGCAGUACUGGACCUUUCCAGCUGUGAGGAAGCUGCCUAAGGAGCCUGAAGAAUUCUGCCCACCAGGACCCAGCUCUGGCAGUGCAGCGGGAAUGGAACCCAGCAUUGGAGAGAGCCGGGAGAGAGCCGCAGCUCCGUCCACAGCACCACAGAACCACAGAGAGGACGGCACCUCUCAGGCUGCUCCCUCGUGCACAGCGCGGGGGAGGACGGGUGCCAGAGGGUGGGUGUGGGGGUGUGUGUGUGUAUGUGAGGGCACAUUGUCCAUAUCCCUGUGGAAUACAGGCCAUGUAACUGUGGACAGCUGAGUGUCAUAAACUAAAAUAGUCCAGGCUACAGUAUUUUCUGGUAUUUUUUUCAUGUUGGAUUUCUUUGGUUUUAGUUUGUAAGAUCCAUCAAAAAUUCUCAGACCUCUAAGAGGGCCUUGAGGGCAGAGAAUACUGACCUCACCUUGGGAUGUCACCAAAGGCAGAGCAGAUGGGACUGUCAAAGUUGUGCUGCCCUCCCUCCCACAAACAGAUGAAUCCAGCAUGGAGAAAGGCGCACCGCCCCGAGCUGGAGGGCCUGGCUCCCACCACGCCCCCAGUGGCUGCAGGUAGCUGGACUUCCUGCCCGUGACGCACAGAGAGCACCGGACUCCGGAGCCUCAGCCUGCCUUAGUCCUUGGUUCCUCGUUUUUUGGGAUUGUCACACUGUGAGACUCAGAGGAGGAAUGAUGUCCUAUCCUGGGCUGCUCAGUGUUUCCAGGCCCCAUGUGCCAGAGGCCGGGUCUCUCCAGGUGCAUCUGGCCUGGCUUGGAGGGCAAGGCAGAUGCAUUCUCCUGGCUGCUGGGAGAGCCCUUGGGAACCUUGCUUAGCGCCCAAGGUAGAUGAGAGACAGGACAGGGAAUCUGCGUGGUGCUGGGGUAUGGGGACUCUGGCCUCUCCAGACUAAUGUUCCUGUCACCUGCUGAGCUUUCCCAGUGUCACUUCUACAGUCCUCCUCUGCUCACCCCUCCCUCACUCUGUGGGCAAUUCCCUUUCUCUCUGUCACUGCUGCAGCAAUGAAGACCCACGGCACCUAGAAAUGCAUCCCAGCUUCCUGCGUCUACCACGCUGCAGCUCGAACAAGAAGCUCAGAGCUGCCCCUUCCACUUCCUCCCCGAAAGGGAUGAAGAAAACCCUGUGGUAGAACCAAACCACCCAAGGCCAGCCCUUCAGCCUGCCUCCUCCUUCCUGGUGCAUGACAACAUAUUUCUUUUGUCUCAGAGGACUUUGAUGCUUCAAGAUUUAAUGAUGAAUCUGCCACACUCCAUUUUCCCCCCUCUGUAGCUCCCAACAACUCUGACAGGGUCAGAUCUCUUUAAAACAUCUUCAGGAGAUGGUUGCCACGGAGACUGGAUAUUGGUCCCAGGGACAGGCUGUGCUACCUACUGGGUGGUGGGGAGGGAAGCUUCUGGCCAUGCUUGGACAUUCAAACCAACCAUCAUUAAUGUUAAUAGAGGAAAUGCAGCAACAUCAAAAGCAAGGCAGGUUGGUUAAUUAGAUCUGGGGCCUGAUGACCUCCCUCUCCCACCGCUACAGCCCUUUUGACUUCCCCCAGCAGGAAGCGCUGUCUGUGCGGCUGAGUCUGGGCUGCCUGCUUAAUUGCAUUUCUGGCAGGGAAGGAGAGGAGGGAUGGAGAAGCUCUGCUCCCUGCUUCCACCUCACCAUGUUUCCUCCCCUCCCCUCCCUUCCUCUCCUCCCCACAGGCAGAACUGCUUUCUUCUGAGCUGGGUGGGCUCUCCUGCAGGUAGAAUGCAGGGAUCUGUGCUUGGCUCUUAGCAAAGCAGGUGGCCCACAGUGACCUCCAGGAGGUGGCUGAUUUUCCUUUGUGCCUUCUUGUUUCUCAGUAGGAACUUGGAAAGGAGGAGCUCUGAAGGAGCCAGAGGGGCAGCCACCCCGCAUGAGGGUGAGGAAGGAGAAGCCCAGCAGCCUCUAUCCAUCCCUCCCUCCCAGUUAGGCUGCACUGGGGCCGAACGCUUCCCUGGGCUCCCACUGCCUUCUAAGGAGUCAAGGAGAAUUUCCUGCCCACUUUCUCUUCCUCCAUGCCCAAACUGACAGGUGCUUCUCUGGGGGCAAGGUCACAUGGGUUGAUGUAGCUUUGAGUGCUGAGGUUCUGUUUUCUGCAAGAUGCUGGAGAAAGGCUGUCAGGGUGCUUCUCUGAAUAUGGGCUUUAGCCUUAGCACUGGCAGAAACAUGAUGUGUCCCACAAACCGCUGGUAGAGGAAGAUGUUCGUUAGUCAGUUCAACCUCCAUCCAGCUUCUUGAGCCUAUUUGGUUUAAAAAAAAAAAAAAAAGGCUUCUAAUCAGAAGCCACUGACUUUUAUAAUAAAUAGCAGUUGUUUUGAA